CGUAGGCGGGGCGGGCUCCGGGCGGUGCCUCCCGCAGCGGGGCUGAGGCGGCUCUUUCCGUCGGUCUCCGCCGCUGCCGCACCAUGAGUGGGCCGGGGCUGCUGGGGCCCGGUGGCGUCUCGGGGCUGCCGCCGCUGCCCAAGAGCCUGAGCGGGCUGCUGAACUCUUCCUCGUCCGGCGGCGGGGGCCAGGGCGGGCGCUGGAGAGACCUGGAGCGCCUCUACGCGCAGAAGUCCCGCAUCCAGGACGAGCUAAGCGGCGGCGGCCGGGGCUCGCCGCGGCCGCCGAAGCCUCCUAACCUGGACGCGGCGCUAGCCCUGCUCCGCAAGGAGAUGGUUGGCCUCCGGCAGCUGGAUAUGUCGUUACUGUGUCAGCUGUACUCCCUUUAUGAAUCGAUUCAAGAAUACAAAGGCGCCUGCCAAGCUGACUCUAACGCAGACUGCACGUAUGCUCUGGAAAACGGUUUUUUUGAUGAAGAGGAGGAAUUCUUCUAGUAGGAAGAUCACCUCCAGGCUGACUGAGGUUCUUCUGUCCUUCUCUCCCUCUAAUAAACCUCAGCAAGAACAACUGGAAUGUGUAUGGACCCUCCUCUGGAGGAACCCCCAGCUAUCCUGAGUAGUGUUAAGUUAACUUAUUUUAACAAGUUGUCAGUACAAGUUACUCAUGCAAAUACCACUUGAGGAAAGUGCUGUACUCUAACUUUUGAAGAGUCCUCAGACAUGCUUGACAAGCAUUUUCAAUUUAAUUUGCAAGGUGGGUGUUUUCAGCUUACAAACAUUGGUAGCUUAUAACUGGAAUUUUAAUGGUGGAAGACAGCAGCGACUUGCUGAGUUGUAGUAACUUUGUACAGAGAGAGGGAAGCCUCUGCUGUGGUGUAAAUAGCUAUAGGUGGGUGUUUGUGUUGGUUUUUUUUUAAGUCAACAAUAUCAAUAAAUGCAGUUUGAACUGGCGUGUGGAUUCACUCACAUCCUUAGCUCUGCUAAGCCUGUUUUGCUUUUACCAGCUGCAUCCAGUUUUGUACUGGGUGAAUUGUUUACACAGUUUAAUGUUGUUUCCUCCAUAAGCUAACUUUGACUUUUUCAUAGUCCUAGCUUACAAGAUGUACAUGUGAUAGUGGAUGUUGGCAGUUUUUUUUUUUUAGUGUUGAUCUAAUUUGCUUCCUUGGUACUGGCACUUGGCAUUAACUUUUAUACUAUUGUCUGGAUUCCUCACAUCAGCAUAGCUCUUUGACUUGCUGAGCUCUCUUCUGAAAUGCUUUGCUUAGCUUUUACUACACUGCAUAGUAAAAGCACAGAUUCACACAUAGUCUGUCUGCCACUGUGUGGCUUGGAAUAACAUGAACUCUUGUGCAAGUGUUCUCGAUCAUAUGAAGAAUAAGAAAACCUUUCAUAUGACACAGUGGGACAAAUUGCAAUAUUUUAUACUGGGUGAACUUUGUUUCUGUAAGGUAAACCACAGCUCUUUUUAAAAAUGCAAAGUAAGUAUUUUGAGCAUAUGCACUGCAUGUUAAAACUUUUUAUACUAACUUGCUCUUUGAAAGUAUAGCUUAUUUUUGUUUCCAGAUUUUACUAAAGCACUCAGUUAAGUUUUUUUAUUUCAUAGCGUGUACAUGUAAUGCUUAACUGGCUUGGAAAAGGAGAGCUCCCAAUGCAAUUUUCAUUUCUUAAUUCUACAGAUUGCUGUAAAACACAGUGCCUGAAUCAUGAUACAAACUCGUAACUUAAGGCUGAAAUCUCUAAGGGUUUUUGCAUGGUUCACAUCUGGCAUAGCUUACAGCUUACAGAAAGUAUUGGAGAACACUUUCUGGCAGAGGUUCUCUCUUAGUUUUUAGCAAAAGUUAGGAUGUUGCAGUGAUAAAAGCCAAGAGGAUUCCAAGGUGGAACUUCUGUGCAUUCUCUUUAAAACUGGCUUCUUUUAGUGGAAUUUAAAGACUGCAAGAGUAAAGACUGUGCUGUAAUUGUGUAUGUGUAUAAAUUCUUCAUCUGAUUUGUGACUAUGGUUGGAUUUUUUUUUUUUACUAUAUUAAUUCUGGUCUAAUUACUUCAUGAAGGAUAAGGCAAACAUACAACUCAAAAGGCUACAUCUGUAUUUAAGAAGUUGUAAGAGUAUGUGUGUAUAUGUAUGACUACACACACACACACAUAUAUAUAUAUGCAGCUUCAUACUUUGACUUAAGAAUGUAUCAGCUUUGAGUAUAGUUUGAUGUGCUUUUGGUAUUUAGAUGAAGCUUUUUCUAAUCUGGUAAAGUACUGCUAUUUUCUUGCUCUUUCCUGAAAAAUAAAAAGCAUGGUGUUUAGCAGAA